GUUUCAAGGCGCGUUGUUCUUUGACGAAGCUGAGUCCUAUACACCGCCUGCUGCUUUCCAGAGCAUGGCUUCUCCGAGUUCCUUCACCUACUGUUGCCCUCCAUCUUCCUCCCCUGUCUGGUCAGAGCCGCUGUACAGUCUGAGGCCCGAGCACGCGCGGGAGCGGUUGCAGGACGACUCGGUAGAAACAGUCACGUCCAUGGAACAGGCAAAAGUAGAAGAAAAGAUCCAAGAGGUCUUCAGUUCUUACAAGUUCAACCACCUUGUACCAAGGCUUAUUUUGCAGAGGGAGAAGCACUUCCAUUACCUGAAGAGAGGCCUCCGACAGCUGACAGAUGCCUAUGAGUGUCUGGAUGCCAGCCGCCCAUGGCUCUGCUACUGGAUCCUGCACAGCUUGGAACUCCUAGAUGAGCCCAUUCCCCAGAUGGUGGCGACAGACGUGUGUCAGUUCCUGGAGCUGUGUCAAAGCCCAGAAGGUGGCUUUGGAGGGGGCCCUGGCCAGUACCCACACCUUGCGCCCACGUACGCAGCAGUCAACGCGCUGUGCAUCAUUGGCACCGAAGAGGCCUAUGAUGUCAUUAACAGAGAGAAGCUUCUCCAGUAUUUGUACUCGCUGAAGCAACCCGAUGGCUCUUUUCUCAUGCAUGUUGGAGGUGAGGUGGACGUGAGAAGUGCGUACUGUGCCGCCUCGGUAGCUUCUCUGACCAACAUCAUCACUCCAGACCUGUUUGAGGGCACUGCUGAAUGGAUCGCAAGGUGUCAGAAUUGGGAAGGUGGAGUUGGCGGGGUGCCUGGGAUGGAAGCCCACGGCGGCUAUACUUUCUGUGGCCUGGCCGCACUGGUCAUCCUCAAGAAGGAACGCUUCUUAAACUUGAAGAGCUUAUUACAAUGGGUGACAAGCCGGCAGAUGCGGUUUGAAGGUGGAUUUCAGGGUCGCUGCAACAAGCUGGUGGAUGGCUGCUACUCCUUCUGGCAGGCGGGGCUCCUGCCCCUGCUCCACCGUGCGCUGCACGCCCAAGUAGCUGCAUUACAAUGGGCUCACGUGGAAAGCUCUCCAGGACACAACGGAAAGUGUCAAAGGCCAGGCCGAGAACAGUCUAUCUGUGUGCACACAGGCUGGCAUCCACCCAGCUUUUCUGGAAGUGACCCUGCCCUCAGCAUGAGCCGCUGGAUGUUUCAUCAGCAGGCCCUGCAGGAGUACAUUCUUAUGUGCUGCCAGUGCCCCACCGGGGGGCUUCUGGAUAAACCUGGCAAGUCCCGGGACUUCUACCACACCUGCUACUGCCUGAGCGGCCUGUCCAUAGCCCAGCACUUCGGCAGUGGAGCCAUGUUGCACGAUGUGGUCCUGGGUGUGCCCGAAAACGCCCUGCAGCCCACUCACCCUGUGUACAAUAUUGGACCAGAUAAGGUGAUCCAGGCCACCAUGCACUUUCUGCAGAAGCCAGUUCCAGGCUUCGAGGAGCAUGAGGAUGAGGCAACAGCAGAGCCUGCCACUGACUAGAGGACAUGGUGUGCCGCAGCUCUGUGUUCACCCACCUCCCCACUCAGACCAAGGUUUAUACAUUUCGAUACAUACUGCAUUCUGUGCUGCACAAGCCUUGGCCGCUGUGAAGCUUGGUCCUCUGUCCUUUCUUGUUAAACAAAACAAAACUGAUGGCUCUGUGUUUAGAGAACACAGUGGUGUGGUUUUUAAAAAAUUCUUUCCACUCCUGUCCAACCAAAAAUCUUCAGCCACGCGGCAUCUGAACCCGCUCUGGCCUGGCCAGGGUUGGCUGGGGAACAGUGCAGCUCUCCAGUGCGACCGGCGCAUCGCAGUGAAUGAUGUUUAUGAGUGUUACGGCAUCUGGAGUUGCUGCUGCGAUUCCUCCUUGUGCCACCGUCAAGUCACCAGGAAGGUGGCCUCCGUGGGGGGAAAUAAGUCUGCUCCAUGCCUAGGCAGGGGCUUUGGAUCCCACCAAAAUGAAUUCUCCAGGAAAAAAACAUGGUGGCACUUCACUCAGAGGUGCCCGAGGCGCUCACCUCCCAGCCUGGUUACUUGCAAGGGGAAGGAGCUGGGGUGGGAGGAGAAAGGUCUCGGGAGGUGUGAGUCCCUCCCUGUCCACACUGGGCACUGACCACACAUCUCCAAGGCUGGCUUGGGCAGGUGCAUGGGCAGGAUUUGCUUCAGCCCCACUUGUGGUGACUUAGACCCGGGAAGCCAAUUAUGAGUGGAAAAUGAACCUCUAGUUCAACUCUGUGCCAGAGGAAGCAGCCCCAGAGCGCCCCCACUCAGCCCACCCCCACCAGGUGCCCUGAAAAGGCCCUCUGAGGACCGUAAGGCAGCACCUUCAGCCCGUGGCCAGUCUGUUUCCAUCUGUCUUCCACCAACUCCCAGCCCACCCUCCUCAAAGACAGUGUUGUCUUCUCUCGCCCCAAGUAUUAACACUACUAAGAAAGACUUUCACCUUAAUUUUUGACUCAGGAUUUGUUCACAUCCUGCCCACUCCAGGCUCAGAGAAAUAAAACCAAGUGCUAGAUAAGCUGGGUGCUGCUGAGGCAGUAGCCACGUAAACCUGGCCGGGGCAGGGCUGAGCGCUGCCUGGCGUGUUCAGCCUGGCAGGGCCUCUGCUGCCCUCACAGAAGAACCCUUUCUCGGUCAGUGGGGUGUUGAGGAGUUGGCUCACUUGUCCACUGCUACGGUCAUAGCGAGCUCCAUGUCGCUGGUCUGGCCCUUCUAUAAGCAGCCAUGGGCUGUGGGCAGAUGGGGGCCUGGAGAUGCAGCAUAAGGCUCUUCUCAAAAACUCUGGCCAUCUGCUGCCUCUAAUUCCCUAGUGCUUUGGUGUAUUGGGCUAUGUAUUACCUCCUUGAAAUAGUAAAAG